AUGAGGUCCUCCAUCCUCUCCCUCCUGCUCGCGGUCUUCGUCGCCCUCGUCGCGGCGCAGACCCCAACUGCGACGGACGCGUCAGAGGCAACGGCGAGCACCGCGCAGCAGCAGUCCCCAUCGACGCCAGAGGCCACAGGAACACCUACACCAACCCCAACCACCGCGCAGGGAACGGCGUCGUCCGGCGGCGGCAACGGCGGAGGCGGCACAACCUCCGCCCCCUCCAGCACGCCGCCCGCAGACGUCUACCUCAAGGUCCCCCAGCUCUCCGUCGGCCGUAUCGAGCUCGACGUCGACAACCUGUCGGCGGAGGUGAACCUCGCCGCCGAGGUCGCCAAGCUCGUUACCAUCAACGCCGGCGUGCAGAUCGGCAUCGAAAAAGUCAAUAUCACCAUCGUCGACGUCGAGGCCGAGCUCGAGCUUGUCAUCCGCCUCGGCAACCUCGUUGACAUCGUCAACCGCACCCUGGCCUCGCUCGACCUGAACCCCUUGCUCAUCAACCUUCUCGACACCGUGGGCGACGUGGUCGACGACGUCAUUGGCGCCGUCGACGGACUGCUGGGCUCUAUUGUGAACGGGGACACCAAGAUCAACUUCCUAAUUGACAACCUCGGAAACAUUGUCCAGGAGGUUGCGAGCGGCGCCACCGGCGCGUUGAGUACCAUCAUCGGAAACUACCAGCAGAACAUGACCUUCACAGGGAACCAGCAGGACCUCGGCAAUGGUCUGGUGCAGAAGACGUUCGAGUACGCACCGCUCAGCUCGCUCGUCAAUAUCGUCUUCAACACUCUCGGCCAGGUCGUGAGGGCGACCGUGGUCAAGGGCGGAGGAACUGGAAGUGGAAGCUCGACGGCUUCGGGGACGGUAGCGCCAACAUCUGCUGUGACGACUGCCGCUCCCACGACGACCGCGGCUGCCAGUGCAUAA